CUCAUGAUUAAUUUUAGAAGAUAUCGCCACAAGGUUCGGCAUAAAGAUGAGUUCAUUUGCAGGCCGAAUGAAGGAGUAUCCCACCCUUUCUCUGGACCGGUUCGACAGGGAGAACCUACAUGCCCGGGCAUAUUUCCUCUCCCACUGCCACAAAGAUCACAUGAAAGGACUGAAAGGACCUCUGUUAAAGAGAAAGCUUCAGUUCAGUCGUACAGUCAGGCUGUACUGCUCUUUCGUGACCAAAGAGCUUCUGCUGAGCAAUCCAAAGUACGCUUUCUGGGAGGAAUACAUUGUGCCGUUGGAGCUGGAGAGCCCAACUCAGAUUUCGCUUGUGGACGAAGCAUCAGGAGAGAAAGAAGACGUUGUGGUGACGUUGCUUCCCGCAGGUCACUGUCCCGGCUCUGUUAUGUUCCUGUUUGAAGGUUCUCAGGGGAACGUGUUGUACACAGGAGACUUCAGGCUGGCUGUUGGAGAUGCGUCCAGAAUAGAACAUCUACACUCCGGCAACAGGGUAAAAGAUAUUCAGAGUGUGUAUCUGGACUCCACUUUCUAUGACCCACGCUUCUAUCAAAUACCCACUCGGGAGGUCUGCCUGAACGGCAUCUCGGUGCUUAUUGGAAACUGGAUCAGCCAGAGUCCAUAUCACGUUGUGUGGCUCAACUGUAAAGCUGCGUAUGGAUACGAAUACUUGUUUACCAACCUGGGAGAGGAGUUCAACACUCGGAUCCACGUCAACCAUCUGGCAAUGUUCAAGAAGAUGCCAGAGAUCCUGAGCUACGUGACAACUGAUCGCAGGAUGCAGAUUCAUGCCUGUCGACACCCAAAGGAUGAGGAGUUUUUCCAAGGUAACCGGCUGCCGUGUGGUUGUACGGCGCCUGAUGGGACUCCUCUUCGUAUCAUCAGCAUCAAACCAUCCACCAUGUGGUUUGGAGAGAGGACCAAGAAAACCAACGUUAUAAUAAAAACAGGAGCCAGUUCCUUCAGAGCCUGUUUCAGCUUCCACUCUUCCUACUCUGAGCUUAAAGACUUUCUGUCGUACCUUCGACCAGUCAACAUCUACCCCAGUGUUAUUCCUCUUGGUCGGACACUGACGGAGGUUACACAGAUGUUGAAGCUGAUGUGCCGGAACCAGUCUGAUCAGGCAGCGUUUAUUUACAAACCUCUGGGAGUCCUCAAGCGCAACAGGGUGCAGCGACCUACACAAGAUUCAGGGAGUGAUGAUGAGCUAUUUGAUGGGUUGGACGUAGCACCAGUCAGGAAGAAGAUGGGGCUGAACCAUGAAGUAAAAAAAGAGAAAAGUCCUGAGAGAACAGCACCUCCGGUGUCUGUGGAGGAGUCUUUACCUCUGACAGUCACAGACACACAGUCUGCUACACACAACUAUGUUGACUGCACUGAGUCCAAUGGUGAAGAGGAAGAUGAUGACGAUGAGGAGGGAGAGGAGCAUGACAGAAAAGGAGACACAAAACCGACAAAGAAGGUGAUAAAAGAAGGAGAGAGGAGUAAAGAACCAGACGAAAAGAAGAUGGAGGAAGAACGUAAAGAGACCUCUAACGCUCCGAAAUGGGAGGACUUCUUUAACGGAGAAAUGUUGAGUGACAGCCAGAACAGCCAAUCACAAUCCUGCUGCUCCAACACCACCACCUCCCCCUCCAGGAUGACUGGCUCACAGACACCUGAGCUGUUCAGCGAUCAAGAAGAAGAAACUCAUGAACAUAACGACAACUUCAGCCUGUCCCUGUCUGCCUCUCUGUCGAAUCAUUCCUCCCAGAACAUGGACUCGUGCUUGCCUGACACCUUGAUCCUCCAACCAGAGCAAGGGGGGCGGGAACAAGGAGACGUGUCAACCAACACCAAGACGGAGAGUGAUGAUCUGAUUCUCCCGUCAGAGCUGGAGGAGCUGUCGACGUCUCAGGCGUCUCAGGCAUCGUCGGACUUCGACAUCGCCUGCACACCGGAGUCGAAGGUGCCACGACCUGAUGAACUGUCACAACUGUACAGGAAGUUGGCAUCAGGAGAGGAAGUGGUCAUCAGAAAGGGAAGUCAGGGCUUUGCAUGAUUUGAGGUGAAGUUUUAGGUGAGCCACAGUGCCAUCAUUCAUCCAUAGUAGAUGCCACACUGUGGAUAAAUGGUAAGAGUUAAUGUUCUACCAAUGCAAAUGGGUCACUGAGUCAUUACCUCAUAAAUAUACAUAUACAUAUACAUAUACAUAUAUACAUAUUUGUGUGUGUGUGUGUGUGUAUAUAUAUACACUAUUUAAUAAACACAUAAUGAGCUUCUAUAGCAUCUUACAAGUGCCAACAUUCCUCUCUAGCUUCAGUCUAACCUCCAAACCACACAGACCUCAGUUGUAAAACACCUCCCCCUCCACACACUCACUAUUCAUUCCCAUGCACUUUACGUUGAUUCCUGCCCUAUAUGGAUUAAUGCACCUGUGCACAUCACAGCUGACGUUUCCGUUUUGUCGUUUGUGGUUUGUUCUGCUUUUCUUUCAUUGUGAACUGGAUCAACUGAUGUCAAGCAGAUUAGCUUUUUGUCCAAAUUAAAUAUUUAUUUUCAUCUGAAGACCGUGUUUUUUUUUUUUUUUUUUAAUUAUUAAAAGGUUAAAUCAACAGUUAGUUUAACUUUAUACUUUAGACCUGCAAUGCUGAAUUGAUUAGCGGAUUUGCUAAAAAGUUAUUUUGAUCAUUUGCUCAAGUGGUUAAUCACCUUUCACCACUUAAUUACAUUUUGCUGAAAAAAAAAUUUAGUUCCUACUCAAGUUUGAUGAAAACCUCUCUAAAUGCUAAAAUACUAACACAUUUCUGUGCUUUAGACAGGGGCCAUAAAGAAUAUUUUGCAAAUGCUCAUCCAUAUCAGCAUAGGGAGGAAAUGUUGGCGACGUUGUCAGUCCAAGUCCAGGCUGAAAUAUUUCAACCACUCCUUGACGGAUUGUCAGAAAAUUCUCUACAGACAUUCAUGAUCCCCAGAAGAUGAACUUUAGCAACUUUGGUUUUGGAGUCAGAUGAGAGAUGGGAUGUGGAAAUUCCUCACCAGCCACCACCAACAACAACACCAGCAGCAGCACUGGAGGUCGUGCUGAGUCUUCAUCAAAGGUAUCAAAUGAGUCUUUGCCUGAAGACGAGAAACGGAAGAACUAUGGAGGUGUGUAUGUGGGUUUACCAACAGACCUGAGCAGCAUUCCUCAAGUACAGAUAGGAUCACUAAGAGAGGUUGACAAAGACUCGUCCCUCAGGAAGCCACUGUGGGGGAACGGACUAUAAUUUUUAAUGAAGAGCCAGGAAGCUGCAGAAGAAAGAUGCAGCAAGAAAGAGUUUGUCGAGGGAGAAGAAGAAGAAGAUGAGGCUCUCCUGGUGUCCUCCUUCAGGUUCUCAGUGGUAUUAUCAGGAGCCCACCAAGUCUCAAAAGGGAAACAGCGGCAAGACUCAGUGGAGCUAAUCUUCUCUCUCGGCGUGGUCUGUAAGGAAUUACGUGACUGUGGAGCCUGUUGUAGUGACCCUGACAAACUGGUUCUAGACUUUCAUGCUUUUAUGGAAGCGGAUGUCGACCUGGACUCAAAGAAACAUGGACAGGUUUGCUGUUUAGAUCGUGGAUGAAGGUUUUUAUUCCAAACACAGAGGACUCCAUUGGGAGCUUUUCAUUCUGCCUUGUUGGCGUCCUGUAUAUUACAGUGAAUCUCUGAGAGAAUUGACUUAGACAAUAAAAUAAUCACCAACUAUUUUGAUUAGUGAUAAUUUUAGCCAUUUUUCAAGCAAAAAUGCUGAACAUUCUCUAGUUAAACCAACAUAAUACAACUAUUUAAUCUCAAAAUCUCAGCUGCAGAAUCACUGUGAUGGUUCACUGACUUGUAACAGGGAGAAUGGAGCCUCUGUCAUUCCCACUCUGCUCCCUGAACACCUGCUCCUGCUCUGUGUAACUGUGGUGAGUAGGUAUGAUCUCCCUCUAACUGAGUGACAGUCAGCAGCUUAAACUGCUGUAAUCAGGUCCAGCAAGUUCAAGAGUAAUGCUGAACUGUAGAUCAGUUAAAAAGACUCUGAAGUCAUUAAAAACCAGCGUUCAUCUCUGAUAUCCAGCCAGGAAACUUUGAAAAUAUCAAGAAUUAUGAAGAGAGUUUGGUGUGUUUGUUACAGUGACAGGCCAAGUGAUAAGUAAUAAAAAUCAUAAGCAAUAAAUAUAGUAAUAAGUAAUAAAAUAAUUAACUGAUAAUUCUAGGUUGCAGCCCUAGUGAGUGGUACUAAGGAAAACAUGGAUAUCAGAUAAAGAAUAUGGUAAACAUGAUAUAACAAGUCUGAUAUGUAAUAUUUUUCUUAUUGUCAACAAAUCCCAUGAAAAGACCAAAACCAACAUUAAAUGUCUCCUUCAAAGUAUCAUCUGUGUAUCCAACACUUAAAUGAAUAGCCUCUGUAUUUUCCAGAUAAUUUCCUUGAAACUUUCCUCAUAAUUUCCUAUAAAUUAGCUGUUAAUUAAAAUGAUAUUUCCAACAGAGGGCGACACAGUUUGGUAUUAAUUAUAGGUCAAUGCAGAAUAAGAUUUAUUAAUAUUUAGAGAUUUACAGUAUAAAAGUCAUAAAAAUGAGAUAAUACCAUUUAUUUUUUUUAGCAGACCUCACGUUUGGUUUGUUUGGAGAUGAAACUCUGACUCCUGUCUUGGCCCUCCAGGGUACAAACAGUAAAGUGGCUCCUGCGGUGAAAUGACGUCAGCACAUUGUCUUCUCAGAGCCUCUAAACCGUGAAAAGACAUGAAAGCCACAUACUGUUCAUGUAACUGAGCAGAGAGUUUGCUGCCAAAUAAUGAUGAGCCCAGUCGUCAGGAGAGAAAGACUUGUAAAAACUCAUCAGAUGUGCUGUCGUGACAUAAACUACAGAUUUAUGGAAGUUUAUUUGUGAUGGACAUCAGAGUUCCACCCUGUAAAGACAGACGAGGUUAAUCUGAGCCUGAGAGCUGGAGACACCUGACAGGAGCCAUGUUUACUCCUACUUCACCUCCAGGACUCAGAGUUGAAGCAGGAAACAGUUGGAGUGACAGAGAGAAGAGACAGACAUGAAGAUUUCCACAAGGACUCAGAGUUGAAGCAGGAAACAGUUGGAGUGACAGAGAGAAGAGACAGACAUGAAGAUUUCCACAAGGACUCAGAAUUGAAGCAGGAAACAGUUGGAGUGACAGAGAGAAGAGACAGACAUGAAGAUUUCCACAAGGACUCAGAGUUGAAGCAGGAAACAGUUGGAGUGACAGAGAGAAGAGACAGACAUGAAGAUUUCCACAAGGACUCAGAGUUGAAGCAGGAAACAGUUGGAGUGACAGAGAGAA